CGUUGGUACAUGAACGCAGCACAACUGUGGGAUCAACCAAUAAAUAAAAGCUGUCAGUCGACAGUAGCAGCAGCAGCAGCAAUGUGGGGAGAAGUGCUUUAAACUACCGGAAUAUGUGAAAAUACAACAUUUAACUGCGCUGUUGUUGUUAGUAUGACGAAUAAAACUACACCAAAGUUUUGGAAAAGGUUCAAAUUCCAAACCACGUCAUCUGUCGUGGCAGCCACAGGAGUCUCUGUCUGGACACAAAGAAACCGAGGAAGAUUUAAAACAUCAGUGCCAUUCAGGUCCUCGGAAAUCCUGUGAACAAAACUCCGGAUAAUUCUGCUGCAUCGUGACCUCAGCAAGGACUCAGUUAUGCCAGUUUUCCUCUGACAGACUUUCUCACAAGAUGGACUCAGACUGCUGCCCUGUUGAUCAGUCAGCCUCUGCACCCACAGCGUCCACACUGUCUGACUCAGUCCCUGCUAAUGCAGCCUCUGAGGUUGAGGUCAGCAGUCUGACAGUAUCAGCUCCUCCAGGUUCAGAGGCAGAGGAUGUGGAUACCUACAACCCGAUUGAGCCUCCUCCGUUAGACUGGAGGUCGGACUCUUCCAGUGAAGCAGGUUCAGCAGAUGAUCUGGACGACCCCAGCCUGCCUCCCUCGGCUGACAGCCUGGACAAGACAAGUCUGGGCGAGUCAGUUUUGUCACCUUUGGACGUGAGAGAUAUUUUGAUUCCACUCGACGUGAAGCACCGGCAGCUUGUGGCGGAUAUUGCUGAGCCAGUGCAAGAUGCUGAGGUGGAACUGGAAGAAGAGGAUGAAGCAGUUGAGGUAGAGCUGAGGGCUGAUGGCUUAGAGGGUGAAGAGGAAGAGCAGGAGGAGGUGACAUUCAGAGAGACUGAGACAAACAUCAGUGAGGAAGUUGAGGUUGCUAACAGAAGAUCAAAUGAUGAAGACCACAGUCGCAUCCACACCCUGCUCAGCCAGCUCCAGCUAAUGGGUGAAGAGCCUCAUCUCAGUCACCAGACUCCUCCUCAUGGUCACUAUUCCAACCUGUCAGAGCUGGAGGCAUGUGCUCCUUCCCUGUUAACAGGCGACGGCACUGAAACCACAGGGCUUCUGUUCUCUGAAAGCCACCAGAGAGACCUGCUGGGGCUGCUGCAGUGCACUGAGAUGGGCACUACACCUGGACCCACCUGCCUCCCCCACAGAGGGGAGGUGGACGCUGUGGUGUCGGUCUCCUACAGCCAGGAGGACACUCAGAGGUUCUGGGGUCAUUAUGGGCACCAUGAACGGCAGCGACACAGGGAAGACUCCCUCACCUCCCUGCCUGAUGAUGAGUAUCCUGAGCCGGUGUGGAUGAAGCUGGGGGAGGAUCCUCCAGAGAGAGAAGCUGCUGCAGAGAGCGAGCAGAGUGCUGAUGAACAACCUUCAUAUAAAAACGUGCCUGGUCCUUGUGACCCUGAAGACUUGUUGGAUGGAGUCAUAUUUGGUGCCAAAUAUUUGGGCUCCACUCAGAUCAAAUCAGAGAAGAACCCAUCGACUAACGCUUGCAUGGCCCAGGCUCAGGAGGCUGUGGACCGAAUAAAGGCUCCAGAAGGAGAAUCUCAGCCAAUGACAGAAGUGGAUCUUUUCAUCUCCACUCAGCGAAUCAAAGUGCUCACUGCUGACACACAGGACACUGGAGAGAGACAGUGACAGGAAACGUGGGGAGAAGAGUGGGGGAAUGGUAAAUGGUCAUGGGUCGGAUUCAAACCUGAGCUGAGCUGAGCUAUCUGGGCACCCAAGAUUUGGCUUUUAAGAGAAACACAGCUUCAGUUGUAUGGAAAUAAACAAGGCACAAGGCAGCAGACGGCUGCAUUCAAGGUGAGCUCUGAACAUCUAAUCUGGAACAGGAAUUCAAUAAUGGCAGCAUGAGCUUCAUUUCAGUCUGUAGCUGCUGAAUUCAUGGAUGAAUCAUCUGGCACUAGAGAAGAAGACCAUCAAACAUCCAUGUCAGCUGAUGGAGGUCCAAGAGUCUCACCGAACAACCUACAGAGUGAAGACCUCAAAUCUGAUUGGACGGCCUCCUAUUCAGCCACGUGUGAACAAAUGCCUCUAAGCUGAUUCGUUUUCUAAAAUAAAUCUAGUUUGAGCCCUAA